AUGCCGCUCAACUUGCAGCUUCUGAAGCGGUGGCUUGUGGGAGCCUGCAUCGUCGUCGCGUUUCUUGUCGUUUUCCGGGAGCGAUUACCGACGGUGACGGACCUGCGCGGCCACGGCCACGGCCACGGCCACGACCACAAUCGCGGUGGCCGGGAUCGGGAUGGAUUCGUGUCCAGGGACAAGAUGCUGGCUGUUGUACGGGAGUGGCAGGAGCGCGAGCGCAUGAGGAGGAUUGUCGGGCUUGUUUUCUAUCGGAAGCGGCAAGAGGCAUCCAUCUUGGACUGCUAUCUCAAGCGGAACCUGGCCAAGAACGGCGGCGUGCUCGAUGGAGUGAUUUGGCUGCGGCAGACAGACGAUGCCCAAGACUUGCAGUUCCUCGACAAGCUUGUGCGGUCUGAAGCGCACUACAGCGACCAGACGGGACACGCCGACGCCGCCCGCGCCUACGACGGAAUCGAAGACGAUCUGCUGUAUGUCAAGGUCGACUCUGGCAUUGUCUACAUCGAAGACGGCACCAUCUUGUCCAUGGUGCACAGGAGGGCCAUACGACCCGACCUGUACCUGGUUUCCGCAAACGUCGUGAACCAACCUCUGAGCAGCUGGCUUCACCUGAGCCUCGGAGCUGUCAAGCCGUAUCUGCCCGACAACGAAACGCUCGUGAAGGCGCGCUCGGGCGUGAGCUGGCGCUCGUCUCGGCUGCCGCCGUGGCGAGGGCCGCCCGAUUUCGACCUGGACAAAUGGAAUCCCCCUGCAGGCCGACAGCAUCUCUGGCUACCCGUCAUGUGGAAGAAGGACCGCCUUCUUGACAACACGCCCAUUGUCCACACCGUCUACGAUGCCUACAGGAAGCAGGGCAAGUGGGAGUGGAUGGCCGCCGCCCAGCAGCAUUUCAGUCUGCUCGAGAACCUGGAGAGGGGGGAGCUGUCAAAAUACAAGUUUCACCUGUGGAACUAUCAGGAGCUCGGCAUGGGCACCCAGCUGGUAGCCAUGACGGGGAGGGACAUCAAUGCCGCCAAGCCAAUUGAUGAUGCUGCCGAGAGACACCUCAGCGUGACGGUGCCGCGCAAAACAGGCCGACCUGCCGUUGCUGAUGGAAGAGGAGUCGCUGCUUAUUACAGUUCCAAGGAUCAAUACGAGGCACUCGAGAAGACGGACAUUCUGGAGCGGUACAGGUCCUUUGCUCAAGAACACGUCUGCAAAGGGGGAAUGCUAUGGACUCCUGAUGUCAAUCCUGUCUAG